AUGCCAAUACCCACUCGCUCCCUUUCGCUUCGGGAGCCCCGUAAACAGCCCGGUCCUCUAGGUCGCUCCACGUCCAUCAGAACAGUAUCGACCAGGACAAAACCUACGGCGGACGGUAUACCCUCGAAUCCUACAACUGGUAACGAGAAUCUCUCGACUCGAAACAAGAGCUUUUUGCCCGUCCGCGAUGACAGCCGAUCAACGAGUCCUUUGCGGCCCCAGCCGCAACAGGAUAGUGGGAGCACACAGCGACUGGAAAAGCCAGAACAAGGCAAGCUAUCUGCGCCGACCCUUGCGAGUCGCCGCCGGAGUUUGAUCCGGCCUAGCCCAGUGAAGACUACACCUUCCCCUGCGAAAGCCACUGCCCCCGUGUCUUCAACACCAAAGCGGGCCACUUUUGCACCUGUGCCGCCUUCUCCAGCAAAGCAAAAUGGACCUCCAAGAUCGCCUAAGAAGACGGAAAUGCCUCCCCCACCGCGGCCAACCCGGUCCCGGUCGACCUCUUUACGACAACCAGCUAGUUCGAGCUCGGGGCCUCCGACACCAAGGGGUCAUGUGCGACACCGCAGUCAAGUGAUCACCCCAGCCACGAGCCAAGUCUCCAAGAAGACAGGUCCACCAUCGGCACCAAGUACGCCGCGAACCAGGACCCAGCUUUCGACUUACCAGCAACAUUUGUCACCUAAAAAACCUGUCAAGCCGUCCCUUAGCGCCCCAUCGGCCGAUGCGACUGCGGAAUUGGAUCUAUCCUUGGUCCCCUCGACCGCGCCUGAAGUUGCUGCUUUACAAACAGAACUCUUACAACUGAGUCUUCUACACUUGUCAUCAUUGCGAGAGGACACUGAGUGGAAAGGUAGCGCCGAAAGACAAUUACGGACAAAAUAUGAUGCGGUCGCGGAACAAUACCGCGGCGUUGUUACAGGAGAGAAGGAAUACCAACAGCAACUCAAUGGACAAGCACUGCAUUGCUGGCUCAAGAACUCUAUUGAACAUAAUGGCCGCCAAGUAUUCGCAGAGCAAAUUCAAGUCCUUUCGCAGGUUGCGCAAGAAGUGUGCGAUCUAUCCGGUUUUCUAGGGGGGAGAUAUACAUUGGCCGUGCAGGAAUUUGAAUCCUGGUUUCGAAAAGCUGAGGAGAUCAAAACCUGUCGACGUUACCAAGGAGGGUCGGAUCUUGUCAUUUUCAUCGACCCUCUUGACCACACCUGGAAAGAAGAAGUGCACACAUUGACACUGAAACUCGAACUAUGCUCGAGGCAACUGCAGAGUCUGGACAUACUGGGCUAUGGAGAGGUAGAGCGCCUGCAAGGCUCUAGCCUUUAUCGGACUGCAAAAGGGCUAGACGAUAUGGUGAAUUCAAUGAUCGAGGAGAUGGAUACCAUACGUAAGAUUGAAGCCGACAUCGUAAGAUCGGAGAGACAAUGGGUUAGUCAGCUCAGCCAGCAGGUGGCCUCCACGAAACCGCUGGAGAAGAGGGUCCCCCGAGUGGGAAUGUGGAGAUCAUAA